AUGGCCCAGCUCACAACACCGCCAGUCGGUGAAGUUAUCUCUCCGAUCGGUUAUGCGCUUGCACACGAGGGUAAGGAUGUCCGAGAUGCCGCGCUACAGGUAUUGGAUGCAUCCGUUCAUAUUUCUACGGGGGUGGCUUAUAUCGGCGAAGAGUGCGCACCGUUGGAAGUGGAGGGAUUUAGGAUCGGAGUCUAUCCUGUAACCAACGCACAGUACCAGCGGUUUCUUCAGGAUACAGGACACACGCCGCCUCAGGAUUGGACAGACGGAAUCUAUCCGGCAAAUAGGGGCGAUCAUCCUGUUGUCUGGAUCACGUGUGAAGAUGCGGAUGCGUAUGCCCAUUAUGUCGGAGGCAGGCUACCGACGUUUCCAGAGUGGCAAUACGCUGCUCGUGGUGCUGAUGAUAGACUUUUCCCCUGGGGUUAUGAAGUUGACAGACCGCGAUGCAACACCGCGGAACUCGGCGCGGGAACGACAACUCCGGUCGUUAGUUUCAGAGACGGUGUCAGUCCGUUCGGUUGUUAUGAUAUGGUUGGCAAUGUCUGGGAAUGGACGGAUACACCUUAUGACGAUGAAGACAAUUUCCGUGUGGCGUGUGGAGGCGCGUGGUAUUACAACCAUGACUAUAGCACCUGCACCAGUUACGAUUUUUUUAGCAAUGGAUAUGCAGAGUUUGUAAUUGGGUUCCGUAUCGCAUGGUGA